CACACACUCGCGCAGCGACGAAAAUGGUAACGAACUUGACAGUUUUCGUGACACCAUAAUAAUAACAACAUCCAGGUAUUGCUGACUCCCAGAAAAAAGUCAAAACCUCAAUUAAACCCCCCAAAUCCAAAUUUCUCGGCUUCUUCCUGCAGUUUCGGUGUUCCUUCUCGUCAAACAAUAGCUCAACUCCCUGAAUUUCCCACAGAACAAGUGCAUUAUUGAGUAAACAAUGGCAGUGUCAAUAAACGAAAUCUGUGAGAACACGAAAUUGGCUAGAGAUCUGGCGCUGACUGGCAACUACGACACGUCAGGUGUUUACUAUCAAGGAGUUGUGCAGCAGAUUCACCGAUUAUUAGCGACGAUAGUGGACACAACGAGAAAAUCCAAGUGGCAGUUGGUGCAGCACCAGAUUGUCCAGGAGUUCGAGAAAGUCAAGUCUGCGAUUCACAUGUUGCAGUUGUUCAAAGUCGACGUGAGAACGGAGAGAAUGCUGGGGACGUCGUGUCUGCAGUUCGAGGAGCCCACGAGGGACCCCGCACUGUGGUCGCAGAGUAUUGGGUCGUCCUGGAGUGCUCCGGUGGUGCGCGACCCCGACGUGUGGCCACCACUGACCCCAAACGAGCAGAAACAGACGGCCAAAGUCAGCUCUAGCUCGAGGGGCAAACAGCAGACGCGCUCGGGGGUGAGGAAACCGACCACUGCUGGGGGGAAGAAACCAGAGGCCAAGGGGAGCAACUCUGGGAGGAAGGAUGAUAAGAAAACCGCGAAGAGGGAGGAGAAGGAGAAGACAGACACCGAGAAAGGAGAUACAGACGUAGAGGAACGUAAAUUCGAGCCAGCAGGUGGGGACAGAGAUCUGGUAGACAUCCUCGAACGAGAUAUUGUCCAGAAAAAUCCCAACAUUCGAUGGGACGACAUAGCAGACCUGUCCGAAGCCAAGAGGCUCCUGGAGGAGGCUGUGGUCCUCCCCAUGUGGAUGCCCGACUUCUUCAAGGGCAUUCGUCGUCCCUGGAAGGGAGUCUUGAUGGUGGGCCCACCUGGCACGGGGAAAACAAUGCUAGCGAAGGCUGUCGCCACAGAAUGUGGCACGACUUUCUUCAAUGUUUCGUCGUCCACACUUACGUCCAAGUAUCGAGGGGAGUCUGAGAAACUCGUUCGACUUCUCUUUGAAAUGGCCAGGUUCUACGCACCCAGCACUAUUUUCAUCGAUGAAAUUGACUCACUCUGCUCAAGGCGGGGAUCAGAGUCAGAACACGAGGCGUCGAGAAGAGUCAAGUCUGAGUUGCUUGUGCAGAUGGAUGGCAUUAGUUCAAACAGUGAGGACCCGAGUAAAGUCGUCAUGGUCCUGGCAGCGACGAAUUUCCCCUGGGACAUUGACGAAGCCCUGAGAAGACGAUUGGAGAAACGAAUUUAUAUUCCAUUGCCUAAUCGUGAAGGGCGAGAGGCUCUACUGAAGAUUAAUCUUCGAGAUGUCAAGGUCGAUGCCUCUGUGAACCUUGCAGAUAUUGCUAGAAGGCUGGAGGGGUAUUCCGGGGCUGAUAUCACCAACGUGUGCAGGGAUGCAUCGAUGAUGUCCAUGAGAAGGAAAAUUGCUGGUCUGCGACCAGAUCAAAUAAGACAGCUUCCCAAGGAAGAAUUGGAUCUGCCCGUGUCAUCCACAGACUUCCACGAGGCCAUCGAGAAAUGUAACAAGAGUGUUUCCCAAGAGGAUCUGGAGAAAUACGAAAAAUGGAUGAGUGAAUUUGGCUCUUCCUAAUCGAGGAUUAAUAUCAAUGGCCCGAGGACUAGAAAUAAUACAGACGUCUUCCACACAUGAAUAAUCACCUGGAGAUCUUGGUCUCGUUAAUUAUGUAUUCAGAAAAUGUCAAGAGUUUUUCCGUUGUUGAAGGAAUUUCCGAGCGAAAAUUUCGCUUAAUUAAUUACCGAGAUGAUUCUGCAAUUCUAACCCACACGAAAAUUUUUUAUAGAAAUAACUAGUGAAUUCGAUGGACAAUUUUAUUGGAUUCCUAUUAGUUUUUAGCCGACUG